CUGUCGUCGUUCUCUCAUGUACCUGCAGAAGAGGGUCCAUAGCUCCAGCUUGAAGAACACCUUGGACUAAAGCUCCACCAACUCAAUACACCAUGCCUUCUCCAUAUCCACGCGAACCAGUCUACACCGACGACUACGGUGGUAGACAAAUCCCACCACAAGAUCCAUAUCGCGAUCAAAGGCGCAGGCGCUACGAGGACGACGACUACGACCGACCUAGAGGAGGACCACGACCACAAAGACGUCAAACCUACCGCGAACCCCCAAAGCACUACCACUCAGACUCAGACUCAGAGAGUCCACCCCCACGGCCACCUCGCCGUCACAGAUCCCCCGCGGCGCCACGACCAAGACACCGAGACGAGUACGACACAGACUACUACCACGACCGCCCUCGUCGCUACGAGCGUCCCCGCGACGAAGAAUACUUCUCAGACAACCGCCACAACCGUCCGCGCAGAGAUCCCUACGAUGAUCCGCGCCCGCGACGAGACCCCUACGAUGACCCGCGACCCAGGCCUCGCGAUCCUUACGACGACCCGCGCCCUCGUCGCGACCACCAUUAUGACGACUACGACAGGCCGCGACGUCGUGACGACCGGGACCGUUACCCCGAGCGUCGGGAGCGCGACGACAGGCGCGUAAAGCGGCCCGGCACCAGUCGCAAGGACAGCAAGUGGCAGGACCAAGCCAAGGACAUGUUCUUGCAGUACGCAGUGCCGGUGAUCAAAGCCGAGGGCGGGAAGAUGAUGAAGAAGCAGAUUGGAAACUUCAUCGCCAAGCAGGGACGAUGAUCGCAAUUACUUAUGAGCCGAUGCUUUGGUUGUCGUUCAUGAUUUGAUGUUUGAAGGAGUAUCUUAUGACUGGGUUUCGAAUUUCGGGUUUUAUCUGUGGAUGGCAGGCUUCUUUUUCUUUUGGGAGGCAUCUGAGGAGGGCCCCUGUAUAACGAAUCGAUAAAAACAAUCACGACUUCUGGCGUUUAGCGCAUAGCGUACGGGGUGAAUAUGGAUUUCAGCUCAAUCUCUGUUGGCACAAAUUCCUUAAUACCAAGACAAACAAACACAUAAUGAGAAUUAACGAAACAACUCUUUUUCGACUUCACAGCAUUGAAGUUGCGAACACACCACACC